UAUGCCAAUUUGAUAUCUUGAAAUUGGAUCACUUUGCUCCACUAAUGCCAAUUUAGCCAGGAACAUAAGUUCAAGUCAAGACUCAAGACUCUCUUUGCUAGAAUUGCACCCCAUUCCCUUUUUUAAAAUGAAAAAAAAUGGUCUAAAAUAAUUCUGAAUUUGUGCUGCAACUCCUGCUAAUUUAACCAUUUUUAUGUAGCAUAGGUCAAACAAGGUUCAUAAUUGGCUUUACUGAUACAUUAAUACUAUAUUAAAGGGUUAUUAGUAGUUAAAAUUUUCCCACUAAUCAUUCCCAUGAGGACACAUAAACGAAAAAAAAAAAGAAGGAAACCCGCAAACGACAUCGUUUGUGUUGUAAGCCACUUCGCUUCCAAACCUGUCCAAAUAUCCUAGCCAUGAGAAAAACCCUUGAAUUAAAAGCUUCCAUCAACUGCACACUGCAACUCCUUGGCGCCAAACCCAGUCCCAACUGAUUUUUUUUUCUCUGUAAAGACCCCAAAAAAGUAAUGAGUGCUUCUAAAACCCUCAUCCGUACACCGUUAUCUACUCUUCAAUCCAAACUUGACUUGAACCUCAAACCCCUCUUCCUUCCUCUCUCUCUUCGCCCCCUCACUUCAGCUCCUUUAUGCAGUAGAAUUUGUUCUAGUAGAAUCCGAACGAGGCCUUUCUCCGCGGUACAGGAAGCUGCCCCUUUAGAAGAUGAAUCCCCGGAAGAAUUGGAAAAGGACACCGUGGAGCACCUGCUGACUCACCAAGAUGAUGUGGCAAGGUUGAUGAAAAUGGAGAGGAAAUCUGGGAUGGAAGUACCCAGUAAGUGGUUUCCUUACUUGGAUAGGUUUAAGUGUGGGAGUGACUACCUGACCAGCAGGGAGGUGCUGGAGGCGGUGGGACCAUAUUUGAUGGAGGAGAGGAAAGAAAGGUUGAAGAGGGUGGUGAGAAAUAGGAGCUAUUCAGUUUGCUUGGUAGUUGAGGGGUUGUGCGAUUUUGGCAAUGUUUCGGCCACGUUCAGGUCUGCUGAUGCACUAGGGUUGCAGUCAGUUCAUGUGGUGUCAUGUGACAGCUCAAAAAGAUACAGAGACAACCGUCAUGUUAGCAUGGGUACAGAGAAAUGGUUGGACAUCGAACUCUGGAAGUCUCCCAAAGAGUGCUUUGAAGUUUUAAAAUCACGUGGUUAUCAGAUAGCUACAACACAUGUAGGGAUGGAUGCGGUUUUGAUCGUCACUGACAAUAUAGAAUUUUUGAACAACUGGAUGGCCACUGGUGAUCAAACUUCUAGGGGUCUAAGUCUGCAAAAAUAUGCCAUUGACUAUUGCUUCUAUUUUCAGGUAUCCAUAUACGACAUGGACUGGUCAAGCCCAACUGCAAUUGUAGUUGGGAAUGAAAAUAGGGGAAUAAGUGAUGAGGCCCUAGAACUGUCAGAUUUGCAUUGUAGUAUUCCAAUGAAAGGCAUGGUGGACUCUUUCAAUGUUUCAGUGGCUGCAGGCAUAGUCAUGCACCAUGCUGUUUGUGACAGAACAACUCGCCUGGGUUGUCAUGGUGAUCUGAAUGAGGAAGAAAGCCAAAUCUUACUUGCGGAGUUUUUGUUGCGUCAUAAUAAUAGCGCAAUUAGCAUAGCUAAUGAGUAUGCUAAGCGGAAGGCCACUAUGGCAGUGCCAGGGCUGUGAUGGAGUAGUCAACUGCUGGAUGGAUGAUUCACCAUUGUAAGAUAAUCAUAAAUUGCAACAUAAAAAUCUGAGAUGUGGCUGCUGAGAAAUGGAAAACAAUUCAUUUCAAGCCACCCAAGAAAAGGACCAAUUGAUCAAGCUGGUAGAUUAAGCGAGACUUGUCAGAUGUAAUGCUGUGUAGUCAAAGAAUGCAACUUGGUAGUGUGUCACGGUCUAGAUAUGAUUUAUCAUUGUAGCUGCUAUAAGUGUUUUGGUGCAAGGACAUUUGUAGUGGAUUGUUUUCUUAUAGUUUUAAAGAGCUUCAAACAUUUUUGCAAUGAAGAAAAAUGAAAUAGUAAUUGUUUAAGUAA